UUUUCUCUACUUGUGCUUCUCUAGUAAGAACAUGAGAUUAGUGAUUCUGGACGACUAUGAUGCGGCUAGUGAGUGGGCUGCUAAGUAUGUGAGGAACAGGAUACACAAGUUCAAGCCAGGGCCUGAAAAAUAUUUUGUUCUUGGCCUACCUACAGGUAGCACCCCACUAGGAAUGUACAAGAAGCUGAUAGAAUUCCACCAGCAGGGUAAACUUUCUUUCAAGUAUGUAAAGACAUUCAACAUGGAUGAAUACGUGGGCAUCCCCAGCGACCAUCCUGAGAGCUACCAUUACUACAUGUACGAGAAUUUCUUUAAGCAUAUUGACAUCGAUCCAGCUAACGCUCACCUGCUGGAUGGCAACGCUCCAGACCUAGUCAAAGAGUGCGACAGCUUUGAAAAGAGGAUCACAGACGCAGGAGGAGUGCACUUGUUUAUAGGAGGUAUUGGACCAGAUGGUCACAUAGCCUUCAACGAACCUGGGUCAUCUCUCGUGUCCCGCACUAGAGUGAAGUCGUUAGCAGUGGACACCAUUCAAGCCAAUGCCCGGUUCUUUGGAGGGGAUGUGAACAAGGUACCUAAGAUGGCGCUCACAGUCGGUGUGGGAACAGUGAUGGACGCUGAUGAGGUAAUGAUUCUGAUUACUGGUGUGAGUAAGGCAUUUGCUCUAUACAAAGCAAUAGAAGAGGGUAUUAGUCACAUGUGGACUGUGUCCACUUUCCAACAACACCCCAAGGCCCUGUUUGUGUGUGACGAAGACGCAACUUUGGAACUGAGAGUAAAAACUGUUAAGUACUUUAAGGGACUUAUGCAUGUCCACAAUCAGGAGGUACAAGACUGAUGAUCGAUUGUACUUCUGUCCCAUAAUAAUUAUUUUACAUGACUAUAUAUACCAUGAUUGUGUUACUUAAUACUUAUAGGUUAAUUAGUUAUUGUUUGUGUCGUGUAUUGUGGCUAUUACCAGGAGUGCAUGAAUAUUCAUGCACUCCUGUUUACACAUUAAUAUAAUUAUGUAAUUGACACUCA